AACAUACACAACACACAGUCAGUCCAUGAAAGUGUGUGUGUGAAAAUGGCGAGCCCACUGGAGGCUCUGAAGGCCAAGUCGCGCAAACGCCGAGAAAUUCUGGCUCUCCAGCUUGGCGUGGAUGAUGCAGACGGAUUGACCAAGGCUUUGGCAAGUCAAGAAGAACGAGCUGAAGCCAGAGAUGUGCUUCCUCCUCAGAAAAUCCCCAGACUCGCCCCUGAUCGGGCAGUAGUGAGUUCUGAAAGCGACGUGGGAAUACGUGGCAAUGAAGUGGCUAAAGGACCUGAUGGAGAACAACAUGCCCAGGCUACACGAGUGCGGAGGCGAUCGUCAGAGGAUGUAGAAUUAUCAGAAAAAGUCUACACUGAUUCCUCAGCUUUUCUGAAAGGGACUCAUUCAGAGAACCCUCACAAUGAUUACUGUCAACAUUUUGUCGACACACGGCAAAGGCCGCAGAACUUUAUCCGAGACCCGUCGAUUGAAGAGCGCUUCGCCGAGUAUCCCAAGCUUCACGAGCUGAUGAAGCUGAAGAAGGAGCUGCUUGUCCAGCGGGCAACGCCGCCCAUGUAUCACAAGUGUAACCUUGAGGACUUUGACUUUGUCUCUCUGGACAUGCUGUUUGAUGUGAUCCUGAUUGAUCCCCCUCUGGAAGAAUACCAGCAUCGAAUGUCUGGAUUGCGUCAGCGUGCCUGGAGCAUCGAGGAGAUCAUGGAUCUGCCCAUUGAGCACUUGGGUGGCAUUCCAAGCUAUUGCUUUCUGUGGUGCGGCGCGUCCAGUAUGCUGGAUAAGGGACGUGACUGCCUCAAGAAAUGGGGCUAUCGACGUUGUGAGGACAUCUGCUGGAUCAAAACUAAUCGGACAGCUUCCAAUGACCCCAAGAACGACCACCUUGAGGGCGCCAGCAUCUUACAGCACGCCAAGGAGCAUUGCCUGAUGGGCAUCCGAGGUACGGUGCGUCGGUCGGUCGAUCACCAUUUCAUUCACGCCAACAUGGAUCUCGACCUUAUCAUCGGCGAGGAGCCGCCUCUGAACAGCACAGAGAAGCCGGAGGAAAUCUACAGCAUCAUCGAGAACUUCUGCCUGGGCCGCCGUCGUCUCCACCUGUUUGCAUCCGAUACCACGUUGCGGCCAGGAUGGCUUAGUCUCGGUCCCGACCUCACCUCUUCCAAUCUCAACCUGGACCUGUACCGGUCGUUCUUCGAGAAGAACGAGGACAAGGUGCUCGGCUUUCAUCAGGAGAUUGACAACCUGCGGCCGAAAACGCCGCCGCCAAAGGCGCAGCGGGACAGCCAGUUCCGCGACAAGGGUGGCGCCGGCGGCGGCGUUGUGGGCGGCAACAUGCAGAUGCCCCCACCACCGCCGGUGCAGCCGUCCACACAGCCGCCACCACCGCUGCCGCCUGGCCCCAUGGGCAUGCCCCUGCCGCUUGGUAUGGCUCAUCAUCCUGGCCUGAUGCCACCACCUCCACCAGGAGCAGCAGCAGCACUUGGUCAUAUGGCCAACCCAGUGUGGCGACACCCUGGUCCAAUGUGAUGUUAACUGGUAAGACUUACAUUGCAUUGCUUUUGCAUCAUUUCUGAGCUUGUAGGUACAUUUUGAAUUUUUUUCAGCGAGCCACCAGGUCCAAUACACAUCUCGUUUGUACGAUUCUCUUCCGGACACAACACGGUGUAUGCUGAUUUUUCUUGGCACCAUUUUAGGCUCCUAGUCUUUCUUUUAUAGUUGUUUCAUUCACAGUACUUAUAUUCAACGACAUGUAGCUCUGGGAGAAAGAUAAAGACGAAAAGAAGAAGGUUUUUGAUUUGCCAUCGAUGCUGCUAAUAGUGCUCAACCUCUGAAGUGUGCUGGCUUGAGGUUGUCGACUUAGUGCCUCGUUUGGUCAGCUGCUAGUGCAAAGAGACAAUGGUGCAUUUGCUAUCAAGGCCCUGGCAGGCCAUCGUGAUGCUAUGUGAUUGUGUCGUGGUAUCCACCGGAGGUAUGGGAGGUAAAUGCUCAGAAGCCCCCGGCACGCUUAGGUCAGCAUGAUAGUAUGCGGUCAACUGGAGAUUAGCAGAACUUAACUGGGCACCAUGGGAAUCAGUUCUGUGUGGUUGAUGAUAGGCCUUUGCGCAGUCUGUGCUAUAUCCUGCACCUGCCAUAUACAUGCCUUCCAUUGCAGCAGGUUGCUGCGCUGUUGCGCGAGAGUGCUGUAGGGCGCGUGUAUGUGUUGUAGUAGGCGGAACUGGACUGAACGCUUUGGGCUGAACUCUAGCAGGCUGCAUUUUAGCAGCAGCAGCAGCAGCAGAGUUGACUGUGGCACUGGGCUCUGCGAUAACCAUUUCAUUACUCCUUGCAACACGGUUAUACCCAGUACUGACUUGACCACUGGGAGCUCGUGAUGAGCCGAUGGUAUUAUAAUUAGAUACAGAUGCACAUAGUGCCAAUACUAGUUGAUCUUCCAGCGACAUCCAACUUUGAAUUUUGGGACGCAACUUCUU